UUUUCAGUUCCUAUUAGGUGUUCGCGGCUGACGGCUAACAAACGAACAGCACGCUACUCUACAAGGAUCGAGUUUAUCCCCAGUAGCAAAUGUUUUCAGCUCGGAGCAAAUACACUAAUAAUAUAUUUCGAAUGGCAGGUCCGCAACAGUGGAUUUAGUGCUGCUUCAUCGUUAUACGUCGAAUUUUUAAUUUUACGAUGGUGAUGGCGACGGUGCCUUCGCAUAUUCGUUGCAAACCGUGAAGAAUGUACAUAUUGUAACGGUCGUUUCUAAAUCCAAAACCUAGAAGUGCAAGUGUUUCUUAUUUUACAAAAUUAAAAGUUACAACGUGAAAUAAUUAUACCGUUUAAGUGACGGGAGUUUACAUCAAGAGUCAGUUCGAAGGUCUGUUCAAGGGAUCGUUAUAAAUCGCAAGCCCAAGGCGUACGCUAGGAUUAUUGGUUUAAGGAUUAUUGGAGAGUAACCUAGUGCCCCGGUAUUGAGGGGUGGAGUGGUCGUUAAUUGCCCGCUCGAACGAUGAGAGGCAUGUUUAGAUUGAAGUUUGAAGAGGUCAGUACAGUGGCGUAGUUUUCAAUGCACUGCAAGACAUUUUGAAUGGCCAUUUCGAGAGUCCUUGGAAAACAUUGCCGUCGCAGCGCACACGGCUUUGGAAGAAAUCAAAAGGUUAAUUACGAAAUUGUUGAAGCGAUUACAACAGUCAACAGCCGGAACAUGGCCGUGCCGUUUUAAACAACAAAUUUUCAAAAUAGCUACUCAGGCCUGAAACUAAUGUUGGCGAUGACGACGAUGACGAGGGUGGCGGAGUUCCACGGCAAUUCAAACACUGCAGCUGGCCAAAGGUCACGCACUUACUACAUGGCAUAUAAGCAUUUGUAGAUUCCUUGGAAUAACCACCUAAGACAAGUAACAUGGAGGGACAUUUUAAAUACGAAACGAGCAAGGAAAUUUAUUUAAUCUACAACAAUAGCAAUAGCCAUCAAUGGCCAUCGAACACAGCGCUAGAUUCUGAAUACACUUCGUCGCUUCACAUUCUGUCCAGUUACAACAACAACAGCUAUUUCGAUUUCGACUACGAUUCUUAUUUCAAAGGAACAGACUCCCUAGCGGGCGCUGCUCCAACCCUCGUCCCCGACGCGAAUCAGGCACAAGAGGCUCACACAACUUCAAGUCGGCCGGAUGAAUUGCUCGUCAACAGCCACUUUAACAAUUACUGGGCAUUAUUGGCACUGAUAUUGGUGAUAGGAACAGCUGCUGGCAACAUUCUCGUUUGUCUGGCUAUCGCCUGGGAACGGCGCCUGCAAAAUGUCACCAACUAUUUUCUCAUGUCGUUGGCCAUAACGGAUCUGAUGGUGGCGGUAUUGGUCAUGCCUUUAGGCAUCCUGACCUUGGUCAAAGGAUAUUUUCCCUUGGGCUCGGAGCACUGCCUGACUUGGAUUUGUUUGGAUGUGCUCUUCUGUACGGCAAGUAUAAUGCACUUGUGUACCAUUUCUGUGGAUCGAUAUCUGUCGCUGCGUUAUCCGAUGCGCUUCGGGCGGAACAAGACACGCAGACGGGUUACUUUGAAAAUAGUGUUUGUGUGGCUGCUAUCCAUCGCCAUGAGCCUGCCGCUGAGUUUGAUGUAUUCGAAGAAUCACGCUUCAGUUUUGGUUAAUGGUACUUGCCAGAUACCGGAUCCUGUGUACAAAUUAGUUGGAUCGAUUGUCUGCUUCUACAUACCGCUGGGCGUCAUGCUAUUGACUUAUUGCCUUACGGUGAGGUUGUUGGCACAGCAAAGACAGAAUCUCGGUGGUCACAACCAAACAGCCGCACCCGGCUGGGCAAGUGGAUGGCUAGGUCAAACACCAGCUCUAGAGCGCCGUUGUACCUGGCGUCGGUUGCUCAAAACCGGCCAUAAUACCAAUGCAACGUCUACGGCAUUGCAUGCUCAUUCUGCCAAUUCCACAGACACAGAGCUGUCGACGCUGGAUAACCAUGAGCUGUGGCUGCCAGAAUCAAGUGUUCCAGAGCCAACGCCAACAACAAUGACAGCCUUACACCAAUUCGGAGCCGAAAUGCUGAAGCUUUCCCGCGGGUUGGAAUCGGUGGUCUCUUCAUCGACAGGAUCCCCCACAAAAUCGGAAUUAUCCUCGGCUAACAUGCUACCCUUUUUGCAUAGCCCACUGCAAAAGCAGCAUUCCUUACAGUCCGAGGGAAGUCAACCGACCUCACAAUACCCGCCACACAACCAAGCUCAGCACCAACUCGUGCUACUGCCCGCUACCCCCACUCCAAUGUAUGCCACCCUGCAUCAGAUGAAGCCCCUCUACCACCCGACUCACCCAUAUAUACAUCAGCCGCAUCUUCAGCAGCCAUCGGACUUUCGUGUUCAUAACAAAGCAAACCCUUUGUCUCUAUCGAACGCACAUCCAUUCCUCCCCGCUUUGGAUUUUACGAAGGACUCCAAAGCACGAAAGCGAUCCUUGUGCGACGUCCGCGGAAGCCGCAGGAGACUGUGUGUAUAUGCCAAGAAACGUAGAGCAUCUAUGGCGGCAUGCAUACAACCACCAAAUACUCCCACAACGCCCUCCACAUGGAACAGAAAUCGUUUCUACAGCUUGCCUCAGAACACCCUCUUUGGGAGACAAUCAUCCCUGUCUCUGCACCGCAACUCCUCCGAGGAAAAGCUUGCCAAUAGGGGAACUGCGAAUUCACCCACGAAACCCUGCCACUCCGACACGGAAAUGGAUACUGGCGAAGCACUCAAAAUUUGCACCGACAGCGGGAAUGAUGAAGGAUACCUCCAGUUUCCGCCCAUAUGCACGUGUCCCUAUUUUGGAAAUCGUCCCCUAUCCAACUGCAUAAAACCGGCCGAGGUGAAAAUCGUUUCCACAACUUUUAAAUUAACCACCAGCACGCCGUGUGAUGUCGCACCAACGAUUGCGGAUGAGAGCAAUGCAAACCUGACAAAUACCCACACAACAUCCAGCCUAAGUCCACACACCAUGUCCAUUUUAAAUAGCAACCACUCGUCGAGCACACUGACUGUUGAGUCCAGCAGCGACGGCUGCUUCCUGGCAGCACCACAGACACCAAAGAGAAAACUCAGCAUUUCAAAAACCGCCUCCAUUGUGACGUGGGAUUCUGGAAGACACCGCAGGAGGGGAUCAAGCUUCGGAGGAGCGCGCACAUCUCUAUUACUUACGCCCACCAAGACUGGAGGCCUUACUACGUCGACAUCGGCGACGCCUCUGAGAAGAUCUGCAACACUGAGGAGCCACAACAAUAUGAACUAUGCCGGUAGCGAUGCAGCCACGUCGACUGGCAUGAGAAUGAAAUCAAAAUCCCCCCACUCUUCGCCGUGCUUGUUGCAACGCAACCAAACUGUGCGUUCCCAUCACUCGCGCAACUCUAGUGUGAUUUCGAGGAACUCUUCGCGCCACGGGCGCAUCAUAAGGCUGGAGCAAAAGGCCACCAAAGUGUUGGGUGUUGUGUUCUUUACGUUCGUAAUACUGUGGUCGCCUUUCUUCGUGCUCAAUUUGCUGCCGACAGUGUGCGGCGACUGUGAGGACCGCAUAGACCACUGGGUGUUCGAUGUGGUUACCUGGCUAGGCUAUGCCAGUUCCAUGGUCAAUCCCAUAUUUUACACCAUCUUCAAUAAGGUAUUCAGGCAGGCGUUUAAGAAAGUUCUCCUGUGUAGGUAUUCAGGGACUUCGUCCAGUUGGCGCCCGCACAGGUAGCACAACCAACCCACCUUGUCCAUGAAAAUGCCACUGGGAAAUAAACCUAAAAUGGUGGAAGUGGGUCCAACUGAACGCAAUUGCCGCAAAUCCAAAGCGCACCCGCGUUCCAAGAAAUCAUUCAAAUGGCACGGCUUUUCCAAAAGUUUCAACAGUCGUGGCAGAUGAAAAGGAUGUAAUCCUGCGAUGGCUGUGCAAAUUAUGAAACAAACAACCUGAUGCGCGUUAGACAAUGACAACACCGAGGUCUCGAGGUCUCGGAAUUCUUGUAAAUAUCAACUAAUAUAAGGGAAUCAUUAUUGGAGAGUAUUCAUACAGGCGCACCUGUACCAGGGACAUCUUCUGUGUACAUAAACAUAUAUAUAUACAUAUACGAUUUUAUAGAUUAAUUAAUUUUAUACUUCCUAUGACUUAUGAACGUUAAAACGUAGCAAUAGUAUAUACAUAGUAGAAGCAGGGUAGAAACAUUUACCGUAGCGUACCUCCAUGUUAGGGACAAAGAGAAAAUAUUGUUGGAACUUCAAUAUCAAAACUCGUUAGAUAUUCUUUCUCUUCUAUUCUGGAAAUCGCCAAGAAUGUGAUAAUCAAGAAUACAUUUUCCUUGGACUAAUUCUCUCUCUUUCUCUCUCUCUCUCUCUCACUCACUCACUCACAUUAAAAAUGUGUCGAAUUAGUUUUCAACAAAUCAUUCAAUGUGAUUUAGUUGUGGUAGUGGCCCGAAUCUAAUUUGGAAUUGUAUCAAAGGAAAUAAGUUUUUGAUUCCACAGGGUAACAAAUGGAGAACUUCAAUAGGAAGAGGAAUUGAAAAUUCAUAACAUUUGAUUGUACCCUAAGUUUUAGUCUAUGUCAUGCGUUUGCUAGAUUCGUGUACCAGACAUUCGUACACACACACACACACACAGUCACAUACAAAUCCAAUAUCUGUCCGUAGUUCCUAUUGUUCCUAGCGUUACACAAUUCGCCACACGCCAUCAUUCUUUUUUGUUUGUUGUUUUUUUUUUGUUUUGUUUCCCCUUUCAUUUCUUGUUCCCGUUUCGGAUGUGGAUUUGUAUUUAUUUUAAAGCAGAAAAAUGAGUAUUAACAUAUAUGAAUGUUAUUCUAUUUACGAAUGUGUGUAACGAAGCUCUACUUUUUCAUAUUAUGUUGUUGCUAUUGUAUUUUCGUUUUCCAAAAACAAAAGAUCCCAUUGUACCAUACAAUAAAUGUUUAUAUAGCAGUGAUGGAAAAUAGAAUAAAAAAAAUGAAUAGCUGAAAAAAGAAAA